CCCAUAUCAGAUAUUUGUGGUCUCUGACUGAAUUUUAUACAAGUCUUUUUCGAGCAGUUCUAUAUCUUUUGUCUCUUAGUCAACCAUAGUUUUAAAUUCUUGUCUGCUACUGGGAAAUCAAGCAGCUUGAACUGGAAAGAAGUUCGAUUAGAAAGAAGACGGUUUUUGCAAUUAGUGAGUUACAGCUAUGGAGUACAACAUCAAGUUUGUGAACAAGCUUAGUUGCAUCAUGGGAUGAUGAGCCUCUGUUCCGACUAGGAAUAUGUUGUGGGGUUAUGCAGAUCUGUUUCCCGGUUUCUUGUGCAUGCUGAAAUUUUAGUGGAGCCGUGUUGUUGUUUCUUUUUACAAUAUGGAGUGGAAUGUAAAAUGGGAGUGGGGAGACCUGAUGAUGUUUGGUUCGGAGGCCUGUGGAAGUCCGAAAGAACUGCAAUUAACAGAUUGGGGAGUUGAUGAAGAGGGAGAACUUGAUCGCAGAUCCUUCAAUCUGUCAGGGUUUGGCAGUAGUGUUGGUGGUUAUGGCUCUGACAUGGGGCGUAGUUCUUCAAUCAAGAGCUCAAUAUCAGCUUCUACCGACUCUUCACCAAACGAGNCUUCUACUGACUCUUCACCAAACGAGACGCUGAAAGCAUCCAGCUUCACUUUUGAAGCUUCUAAUGGCUCUCAAGGGAAUCUUGGUAAGGAUGUGGAACAGUGCAGAGAUGAGCUAUCUAGAUGUUCGCCACCCAUGGAGGCUUUGAUAGGCUAUGAUGGACCAUUGACUGGUCUGAAACUUGGUAAGCGAACAGUUGAAAGCAACAGUGGUGGAAGCAGUGUUAAGCUCCCGUCCUCCUCCUCAAUCCCUGUAUCAUCUGUUAGUGCAGCAAAGAAAAAAAAAUCAUCUAGUCAGAAUGCACUAAUUCCGCGCUGUCUGGUUGAGGGCUGCAAUCUUGAUCUGUCUUCAGCUAAAGAAUAUCACCGAAAGCAUCGUGUUUGUCACAGUCAUUCCAAAUGCCCAAAGGUCAUCAUAGGAGGUGCCGAGCGGCGCUUUUGUCAGCAGUGUAGCAGGUUCCAUAGCUUGUCUGAUUUUGAUGAAAAGAAGCGAAGCUGUCGCAGGAGGCUUUCUGAUCACAAUGCACGCCGCCGCAAGCCACAGCAGGAAACUAUCCAAUUUAACUCGACUAGGCUUUCUUCAUGGUUCUAUGAUAAUAGCAAAUCGAUGAAUUUUGUAUUCAACAAUGGCCUCCUUCUCCAAUCUAAAACUACUGCAGAUUCUACCCGGGGAACCUCUGAAGUUCCCAAGUUCACAAUAACAAGAGGGUUAACUUCAAAGCCUUACAAAGCUGGCAGUAUUAAUGUGCAGUCACUUGUGGGGGAAAUCAAGCUUCCAGGGGCAACUAAAAUGCAGACCGAUGCAUCCAAGGGCACCACCACCGAGGUCUUCAGCCAAGGCCAAAGUGGAAUGCGGAUGAUUUAAAUAAACUAUCAGAGGAGGAAAAAGAAUGGAUUCAGAGGCCUGUCACAAUGGAAGAGGUGGAAAGGGUUAUAAAGCUGUUUAAAGGAGAUUAGGCACCAGGUCCAGAUGGUUUCAAUCUACAUUUCUUUCAAAAGUGUUGGAGUAUAGUCAGGGGUGAUGUGUGGAAUACUAUAGAUUUGUUCUUUCAGGAAGCAAAUUUUACUAAAAGCUUGAAUGCAACUUUCAUUGCUUUGAUACCAAAAAAGAGGGAGGCAAUAGAAAUAAAGGAUUUCAAACCAAUCAGCUUAUUGGGGUCUGUAUACAAAAUCAUUGCUAAAGUGCUAGCAGAAAGACUCAAGCUGGUGAUAGGGAAUUUGAUAUCAGAUAAUCAAAAUGCAUUCAUAAGAGGGAGACAGAUUGUUGAUGAAUCAAUGGUUGCAAAUGAAUGUGUGGAAUAUUUUCUCAAAACUAAAAGACAAGGGGUGUUAUGCAAAUUAGAUCUUGAGAAGGCAUAUGACCAUGUUAACUGGGCAUGCCUACUAGAUAUCAUGAAACAAAUGAACUUUGGGGAAAAGUGGAUAAGUUGGAUUGACUAUUGCAUCUCCACAGUAAGAUUCUCAGUUCUUAUCAAUGGAAACCCUCUAGGUUUCUUUAAAUCUACUAGGGGGAUAAGACAGGGGGAUCCUUUAUCUCCAUAUCUUUUUGUGUCGGUGAUGGAAAUUCUCGGUAAUAUGCUGAAAAGAGCAGAGCUAAUGGGCUGGCUCAGAGGUUUGAAUAUCAGAAGAAGGGGUGAUGUUAGCUGUGAUAUUACACAUAUCCUCUAUGCAGAUGAUACCUUGAUGAUUUGUGGAGCAGAGAAAGAACAAAUUUUGUACCAAAGGGGAGGGGGUUCUUUUAGCCUUUGAAGCUGUGUCAGGAUUAAAGGUGAAUCUAGCAAAGAGUCGUUUGUUCAGCAUUAACGCAGAUCACUACAUAGAGGAAUUAGCAGAUGUAAUGGGAUGUAAGGUGGAGAAUUUACCUACAGUUUAUUUGGGACUUCCCCUCGGUGCUAAGAAAAAUGAACAAUGGACAUGUUGCCGAGUUUUACUCCACAAAUGGCUGGCAAUUAAACUUCAGAAGAGGAUUUAAUGACUGAGAGAUGGAAGAAGUGGGAUAGAUACUCCAAUUGUUGAACACAACAGUGAUAGAGCAAAACAAGGAGGAUCAAUUGGUAUGGACAGCAAGUAGUGAAAUGCAAUACUCUGUUAAAAGCUGAUGUAACCUUCUCCAGAAACAAUCUGAUUCUUAUGAUUCUAAUUGGCCUUGGAAAUGUUAUGGAGAACCAGAGCGCCUACCAAAGUGGCUUGUCUUGGGUGGGUUGCCAUCAGAGAAGCUUGUCUUGCGCAAGAUAAUCUACAAAAAAGAGGAUUUAGUCUAAGUAACAGGUGCUAUUUAUGUGAAGAAGAGUUGGAAAUUGUUAACCACCUGUUUAUCCACUGUAAAAUUGCUAAACAGUGCUGGGAGCUUUUCUUGAAUCUGUGUGGUGUUUCUUAGACUAUGCCUUUAGACAUAAAAUCAUUAUUAUUUAGCUGGCAAGGACAGAAGAUAAUAAGAAGUAAGAAGCAGCUUUGGAGAACCAUUCCUUUAUGCAUCUUCUGGACCAUUUGAGAAGAAAGAAACAGUGCUUGCUUUGAGAAUAGGAGGAUUCAUAUCUCUAGAAUUAAAAAUAAUUGUAUGCAAUUCUUUUUUGGUGUAAACGGUGUUUAGCUGAGAGUGCGGAUCAGUAUUUAGAGUUUUUGGAUUUGCUAGGAAACUUGUAACUGAAGUUCUGCUGUUGCAGGUGUUUGACUGCUCUUGAUGUAACCUUUGUACCAUCUUGGUACCUUUAUUAAUAAAAUCUUUACCUUAUCAAAAAAAAUAAAAAAUUA